AUGAAUAAAGCUAUAUCAUUAAAAAAAUUUUCUCAUAGCAGACAUACACAGAAUGAUGGGAUUCGCAACAAUAACAACACGAAUGCCAAUACUAAUGCUGCUUAUCAAUAUACACAUCAAAGAAUGCCUUCCACUGGCAGUAUAAGUUCUUAUGGUGUUAAAAGAGCACCAAGCCAUUCAAACAAUCCACCUAUAUCAGCCAACAACAACAACAACAAUACGACUUCGGCACAUAAGAGGAACAGCAGUGUCAAUUCUGUUAGCUCUAAUUUAUUGGCUGAACAGUAUGAUAGGGAUCGUAACAGCAUCAUUAGUUCUUGUUUUAAUAAAAAAUUGGAUCCCAAGACUGGGCAACCCAUACUAACUUAUUUUACGCAUGUUAGAAUAAUAGAAGAUUCUAAGUAUCCGAGCUCGAGACCAGCAUCAAACUCAUCAUUGACCAAUAAGAAGAAGAGAGUUUUAAUUGUCAGCGCAAAUAACCAAACGAAUCAAGUUUUCUUGAAUAAAGCUAGAGAAAAUCAUGACCAUACUUUUCAGAUUGGCAGAACCUGGUCUUUGAAGGAAUUGACCUGUUUAGAAAGUGAUCCUAUGGUUCCAGAAGGGUUUGUUUUUACCAUGACUAAAAAAUACUACUGGGAAACUAAUACCGCCAAGGAAAGAACUAUUUUUACCAAGACUUUGGUUAAAAUUUAUAUGGAUUAUUUUGAAGGAAGGGUGCCUAUCUUAAUUAAUUGGGAUUUAUCUAUGUUUUAUUUGGAUGAGAGAAGUUAUGAAAGAGCUGUUAUUCAUCCAAAUGAAUCUAUCCAAACAAAACCAAGACUUAAUAAUGGUAUGAAACAGCAACGACAUCCCUUGGAACAGGAGCAAUUCAAGGGACAGCAAAUGCAACAAGAAAGACUUAGACAACAGGAGGAGCAAUCGAGGAAACAACAAGAGGAUCGUUUAAGACAACAACAGGAAGAGCAAUUGAGAAAACAGCAAGAGGAUCGUUUAAGACAACAACAGGAAGAGCAAUUGAGAAAACAGCAAGAGGAUCGUUUAAGACAACAACAACAACAACAACAACAAGAGCAAUUGAGAAAACAACAAGAGGAUCGUUUGAGACAACAACAGCAAGAAGAAGAAGAGCAAUUGAGAAAACAACAAGAGGAUCGUUUGAGACAACAACAGCAAGAAGAAGAAGAGCAAUUGAGAAAACAACAAGAAGAUCGUUUAAGACAACAACAACAGCAGCAAGAGCAAUUGAGAAAACAACAGGAAGACCGUUUAAGACAACAACAACAACAACAACAGCAAGAACAAUUGAGAAAACAACAAGAAGAUCGUUUAAGACAACAACAACAAGAGCAAUUGAAAAAACAACAAGAGGACCGUUUAAGACAACAGCAACAAGAGCAAUUGAGACAACAACAAGAGGACCGCUUAAGACAACAACAAGAAGAGCAAUCAAGAAAGCAACAACAGCCUCCACCAAGACAACAACCUUACAGACAUAUGCAAACAUCUCAACAUUCUAUUUCUUCUUCAAAUACUAUGAAUUCUCCAUCUGGAAGUCAAACCCCUGUUGUUUCACCUAAAAAUGUGUUGGAUAGAUCUGCCUCUGUUACCAGUACGGGUAGUUUUGUUUUUACUGACCAGCAACAACAUAGAUCCUCUUUUUCGUCUUCAUCGCAUCCUUAUUCUAAUAUUUCAAGACAAUCGACCCAGAGGAUUAACGGUAGCAACAAUAAUCUUGCCGGUAUAGUUAAUACCACUGUUUCGAGUGGAAAUAUUUUGCAGAAUACCCCAUAUCGAACAGUUGGAGGUAGAAUUCCAUCUGACUUAGCUGCUGCUGAUGACAGUCCCUACCAACGCUCUGCUACCCAUAAUGAUACCGGAGAGAAGGCCAGUUCUUUGUCUCCAAAAUUGUUAAAUACAAACCACUCACAGCAACACCAUCCAUAUGCAUUUUUACCAUCACGCCAGCCAUCCAUCAUUUCCUCUUCGCCUUCUUUCCGUAGAUUACCCAGUGCAGACAGUACUCGUCUCAUUGUUGAUGUUAAUACUCAACAUUCAGAGAAAUCAAGAGAAGGAGAUCACCAAUUGCAAUCUCCAGGUUUGAAAUUCAAAAACAAUGCCGAUACUUCAGUGUUAAAGGCCGAAAGUCCUUUAGUAACUAGUUUCAUGAAUGAAACUAAUUCUUUUACCCAAUCUUCUCCAUCUUACAGGGAUAAAGACUUUACUUCCAGGGGUUCACAAGACUCACAGCAGCCUCAGCCAAUUCAUACGGUAAUUGAAACUAGCACGGCGCCUGAAACCAUUACCAUUGAUUCUGCUCAUUCCGCUGCCGACACUGAUAUUGAUUUGAACGAUAGUAUAAAUGAUUCUAAUAAUGCCGAACUUGUUGUGGAAGAACCAAUCCAGCCUCUAAAUGUGUUUGGACAUGGACAAACACAAGCUAACGAUGAUAGUAAGAUAUCGCUGGAUGAAACCAAUCAGGCUAUUUCCAAAUUACCCUCAACUUUAGCCAAAAAACAACAAAAUGUCCCCGAUAACUUUUUAGAAGAUUUGAAUUUGGCCUUAUCACCAACUUCUCCUACCGCAUCAUCCGCUUUGAAAAAUAUUGGAUUACACUCUCGCAGCGAGUCCCAUGUAUCUCAGAGUUCUGGGGGUGAAAAGAAAGGAGAGAAAGAAUCUAAUGUGGAUUUAUCCAGUGGGGCUAGUGAUAUUGACUUGAAUAACAUUAUUGAUGAUAGUGCGGACCUAUCAUUUGAGAAGGGCGAUGAAGUUAGAUAUAGCCAAAACUUUGAAAAUAUUUCGCCGACUAAGUUCCAUGAAGUUUCAACGAUUCAGGAAGAAGAUACCAAGUACGGUGACAAUAAUAAGUAUAGUGGUCCUGACAAGAAUCUAGAGACCUCUGCACCAAUUAUUGAAGAAACAGGUAGUAUUGUUCCAGUCCUUGCUAGCGGUGGACCUAGAAAGCCUGUUUCGAGGAAAAAGAGAUCUCGUGGCUUUAGUGUAACUAGUACUACACCAGAAAACGAAAAAAAAGCCGAAUUGCAACAUGUGGCUAAUAUUCUAGAACAAAUCAACUGGGAUGCGGAUGAUACAGUAGAUUCGUUAUUAUUAAAACUAAAUGGGAAAAUGACAGACAUUGAAUACCGUUUUAACAAGGAAUUGAGUGCGGUAUCGGAUACUACUUCUAAAUUAUCCAGUACCAAGAUUAAAAAUGCAUGUGAUCAAAUUGAUCCAUGGUUAUCCUUUUUUUCUAUGGAAUUGUCUAGUUUCUCAAAGGAUAUCGAGAUUGUGGAAAGUGCCGAUAAUGGUUUACAAGUGGAGUCAGCAAACAAGAAAAAAUUGUGGAACGAUUUGUCUCAAAUUUUAAACGAUGUGUCCAUUGAUCAAAAGACUUUGGAUGAGUUAAGCCAGUUGCCUAUCAGUGAAAGAAACUUAGGCCAACUUGAAAAAUCUCUGUUGAAGCUAUAUACUGCGUUAAAUGCCAUUUGUGGAAACGAUUUUUCUCAAAAAGGUAUCACAGACGAAGACUCCUAUGAUUUAAGUAAAAUGAGGGCGUUGAGGGAAAGAAGAGCCGUCUAUGAAUCUGUUACAGAUGCUUUUGUUGAUAGAAGUGUUGCUGAAUUAAGUAAAAUAUUUGGUUCAUUAGGAAAAAGUUCAUUGCAAAUCUCUGGAAUCCUAUCAAGAUUGCUGACGUAUUCUUCAAUCACGUUAUUUGUGAAAUAUGUUUCCGAUGAUUCCUUCGAAACUAUUAUUUCUGAAUGGAAUGACAACAUUGCCGGUACCUAUGAGGUGAUUAUUAACCAAAUUUUGAAUAAUGUAGUCAAUAAUACAAUCGCGCCCCUAGGGAAAGAUUCGCAAGCUAUCACUAGUUUUAAAGAUGUUGGCUAUCUAUUGAAAGCAUGGGACGAGUAUAAAAAAACUAGGAACGUUGAUUAUUUAAAGGCUUUCAAGGAAGAUACGUGCUUGAAGGAUAUUUUCAAGGCCAUUUCGCAGGUAGAAACUUUGUGUUUAUCUUAUCAAAAUUUCAUUGGUAAAUUUUUCCACAUGUCUUCGGAAAAUAUCAAAAUUGACGAGUAUAUUGUUAACAAUCCACCUUCCGAUAGACCUCAACCUCUAGACAAGUUAGCUGAAAUCGAGAGCGAUCGUAAAGUUGCCGGUGAUAAAUACCAAAUGGUUUCCUGUGUUUUUCAAAACAGUUUGGCAAAGUUUUUUAAUGGUUUAUCUAAUGCCAUUCGGAAAAAACAUCAAAUUUUAGCUCCAAGUCUAAUGAUGUAUGUGGAAAACGAAAUUACCAAGAAUUUGCAAAAAUCAGAUCAGGAGUUUUUGUUGUCACACUUUAACAGGUUUUUCGAAAAAUUGCAGCAUGACUGGGACGAUUACGUUUUAGAACAGCAAUUAUCUAUGGAUCGUGCCAAUUUGAAUUACAACUCCAGGUCUAUUUCACCUAGUUUUGUUGGGUUUUCUCUUUUUGUUUUCGACCUUCAACAACAAAGCAAGUACUUCAUUAAAGAAUUUGAUAGCAACGUUCAGGCCCAAGUUACUUUCCAGAAAUUGGACACUACCUAUCACAAAUUGGGUGCCUGCGUUGUUUCCUUGUUAACGAAGGAGGAUUUGAGUGAAAGAUUGGUUGAUAGUUUAGCUCCGUCAGCGGAUUUAAAUAACGGGAGUAGUGAUGGGCACACAGCUUCUUCUAACUCAUCUUCUAUUUCUAUGAAAAAAAUUAACAAGACUGUUUCCCUAUUAAUCAAUAGCCAUUGGUUAGUGGAAACUCAAAACCUAUUAGAGAAUGAAGCAACAACUGAAAUUAUUGCUACAAGUGCCAAGCAAGUUUUUGAUAGUGAAAAGGAAAAGUAUGCGGAUAUUUUGGUGAAAACUUCGAUGCCCAAGUUAUAUUCGUUUGUUCAAAACGCUUGGACUAUAGUAAAUACGGCAGGCAAUGCGAAUAAAAAGGUUGAUCCAUCCAAAUGGUCAACUUAUAGUCAAAAUAAUUUAAAUAAGAUAUUGGAUGGGUAUACAUCACAAGAGAUUCAUAGUUUGAUUGAUAAAUUGCACAAAAAUAUGUUGCAACAUUUUGAAAACCAAGCUGUAUCAACCAGUGAUAAUGUUGGGUUAUACAAAAGCAUGCAACAAGAUUUAUUUACUCAAUUAUGGUCUUGUGUUCAGGGUGUUACUGUUUCGUUUUACUUAAGAUUGUAUUCGUUGAUAGAUAAGCAUUAUAAAGGUACACAUGUGAAAUUUUCCAAGAAUGAUAUUAUAUCUGGAUUCAAUGAACAUAAGAAAUGA